GUAAGUAGAGCCGGUUACAAAGCUGGUACCCAUUGCCCCAUUCCUAGAGUAUUAUAGUCCCGUAGUGACGGGUCACAAACUCCGGGGGCAUGAAGGAAGAGCCUCAGUACCGUGACCCUUUUGUUCGGCUACGGACAUCAGUGUGAGCCCUGCGCUCCCUAGAUGAAUCACCUGCUGCUCACCGGAAAAGAAAUGUCCAACUGACUAGAAGCCCCCGUGAGGACAGAUAUUCCUUCCCCUAGGGGCUGGUGCCAUGGCGCUGCGGGCGAGCCUGGUGCCCGUGUGCUGCCUGGCACUCCUGGCUCUACUGACACUGCCUACCAGGAGCUGUGGACCCGGCCGGGGACCCGUGGGCAGACGCCGCUAUGUGCGAAAGCAACUGAUACCGCUGCUCUACAAGCAGUUUGUGCCUAGCGUGCCAGAGCGAACCCUGGGUGCCAGCGGGCAGCCCGAGGGUAGAGUGGUCCGGGGGUCGGAACGCUUUCGAGACCUGGUGCCCAACUACAAUCCUGACAUCAUCUUCAAGGAUGAGGAGAACAGUGGGGCUGACCGCCUUAUGACCGAGCGCUGUAAGGAACGAGUGAACGCGUUGGCUAUAGCUGUGAUGAACAUGUGGCCAGGAGUGCGCUUGCGGGUAACCGAAGGCUGGGACGAAGACGGACACCAUGCUCAGGACUCACUACACUACGAAGGCCGGGCCUUGGACAUAACCACGUCGGACCGCGACCGCAAUAAGUACGGACUAUUGGCACGACUGGCAGUAGAGGCUGGCUUCGACUGGGUACACUACGAAUCCCGAAACCAUGUCCAUGUGUCUGUCAAAGCUGACAACUCUCUGGCGGUGCGGGCAGGUGGCUGCUUCCCAGGAAAUGCCACGGUACGUCUGCGGAGCGGAGAACGGAAGGGACUACGUGAACUGCAUCACGGAGACUGGGUGCUAGCUGCAGAUGCAGCCGGCCGGGUGGUACCCACGCCAGUGCUGCUCUUCCUGGACCGAGACUUGCAGCGCCGGGCCUCUUUUGUAGCAGUGGAGACGGAGAGGCCCCCACGCAAACUGCUCCUCACACCUUGGCACCUGGUCUUUGCGGCCCGCGGCCCGGCGCCUGCCCCAGCCGACUUCGAGCCAGUGUUUGCUCGGCGAUUGCGAGCUGGGGAUUCGGUACUUGCCCCAGGCGGGGACGCGCUUCGACCUGCGCGAGUGGCCCGUGUGGCUAGGGAGGAGGCUGUGGGUGUGUUCGCACCUCUUACUGCGCACGGGACUCUGCUGGUGAACGACGUCCUGGCCUCCUGCUACGCUGUCCUGGAGAGUCACCAGUGGGCUCAUCGUGCCUUCGCGCCCUUACGUCUGCUCCAUGCGCUAGGGGCUCUGCUGCCUGGUGGGACCACCCAGUCCAUCGGUAUGCACUGGUACUCCCGCCUCCUCUACCGCCUGGCAGAGGAACUAUUGGGCUGAGAGUUCUAGGUGGAAACGCCUGAGCAGAGGCAGAAGUCGUGGGCACAUGGAGACCGGAGGAUACAGACGGAAUAUGAAAUGUUAAGAAGGAGGAACAGAGAGAAAGAUGAGGACAAAGGAAGAAGGAUUGGGUGAGGGGCUGGAGUUGAGGGGAGUUUGGCAAGGUGUCCUAAGGAGGAGUAAGGGGGUUGUGCAUUGAUGGAAGCAGUAUUUCCCUUAGCCACUAUUCUCUCCUUGGCCCUCUACAAAUUCAAUUUAAUUUGUUUAAAUUCAACAAACAUUAAUUAAACAUAUACUCUAUGCAGAGCACUUUACUAGAAGUGGAGCGAGAUGCAAAUAUAUAUAUGUUACAGUCCUUGCCCUCAUGGAGCUUACAAACACCUUGCCCCCUUUUGAGUGCUCUAGUUCCUGGCUGAUAAUUUUAUUUUUCUAUUUAUAAAUGGUAAUAUAAUCUUCCAACUCUUGCCCCUGUUCUAUGCCCGGUCAGGCAAAAGGAAGAGCCAUGAUCAACUCUAAUACUGUCACUGUCCUUUUUUCUCUAUGUGAUCUAAUAAAAGGAACAAUUCAGGUAUGAGAUGUCAGCUCUGAAAUGCCCUAAGUUUCCACUACCACAACCCUCCCCCCUCCCCAACUCAGGGCAGUUCUAGUCUAUCUCAGCACAACACUACCAGGGCUCAAACUUGAGCCUCUAGGCCACCUGCCCUAAGGAUGCCAGCCCACAUGAGGAAGAAAUGCAAUGAGUAUUAAGCUGGAAAGCCAGGACUGAGGAUCUUCUACUCUCUCAGGCUGUCUUCCUCUUCUCUUCUCUGCCCCCAAGUCUCCCACCUCCUUGUCUCCUGUUCCUAACCACCCUCCUCCUAGGAUUCCUAUCCCAGUCAUUUGCAUAAUGAAGGUCAGGAUGAGGGGGAUGGUUCCUUGAAAACCACCCUCCCCCUUGUCUCCUAGAGACUGCAAGCUGGAAUUAGGACAGUAGUGUAUGUGUGUGUGUGUGUGUGUGUGCAUGCGCGCGAAUGUGUGUGUGCAGACCUUUCCUCAUAUCAACUCAUUUCCUCAUCCUUUGCAAACCUUAAGUCUAGACACAAGCCCUUACACAAGUCCUGAUGAUUAGCUCCCCCCUCCAUUCCUAACACAUGUGGGAUGGGAGAGGGAAGAUGCUGAGGCCUGCCUGGUUAAUAAGUCCCCACUCAGGCCUAGAAGACAUGUAUGGAACAUGGACUGAACAAACACUUGGGGCCCUUUCUGAGUCUUGGGGCACAGAAGAUUCACAACUGCAUCUUAGUAAGGACUGAACACCAGGCUGGGCUAAGAGGUCAUGAAAAUGACAAGUUUAGUCCUGGUGAGGAAGAAGCAGAAGGCAACCCCCUUGAUUUUGUGUGUGCUCCCCAAGGCCAUAGGACCCUGGUGUGUGCUACCCUCUGGUGGCUAUAAUGAAAAUUCUUUUCUAGCAGCCUACCCUCUUUAAAGAAAUGAUGGUAUAUCCCUACCAGAGUCAAAGAAGAAGGGAGAUUGUACCACAUUUCAAAGUUAGGGGUAGGACUGAGCAGCAGAAAGGUGUUUGUUGGGUUUCUGCAAAGAACAGCAUUCUUAGGGGUUCAAUCUAGAAGAGUCUUUGCAGAACAUGUGGUCAGAGCUUAACCAGAGAUACUAAGAGCAAUUAAAGUUAUUUUUUUAUGGGAAAAUUUCCUCUAUGUCUUCAUCCUCUCUAGCCUUGGGCAGUCCACAACCCCAUUUUCCUUAAGAGAUGGAAACACAGUGAGAAAAAAGAAAACUGGGGUAC